AUGACAAGCCCUGCCCCAGUCUACCGCCAGACCCUGCCAACACCGCCGGCGGCUUACCUCCGAUCAACUCCCCCAGUACCCUCGGACGGGUCAACACCGCGCACCAUCACAGAUCGCCCCCAGAGCUUGAAUCUCGCCCGAAAACCAGUUCCAAUUCAUACAUCAUACUCCGAAACCUCGCCGAUUAUUCAAAACUCGCCGCGCUCCCCAGUCAAGAUCGACUAUGGCGCAGACAUUCAACCCUCCUCGGUUCGCGUCGAGGAUUCUUACAAUGGACCCGUCACACCACAAUUGGAAGUCUCGGAGUUCGUCAACAUGUCCCUAGAUGAACCCGUGCAGCUGCCCCAGCAGAGCUGGAAUCCCUCACAUCCCCCGCGCCGCGACUCAUCACAUGCCCCACAAUCGCACCCGUAUGGGCACACUCCCGCCAGCAGUGGUUCGUGGUCAGUUUUGGAACCCCAGCAGACGAAUAACGCCCACGGAAAUCCAAACAAGAGUGGCUCCUCCCUGGAGCGCGAGGGUCAGAGCUACAACAGCUCUUCCAGGGGCAGUUUGGAUAGCGUGGUGCCAACAGCGGACAAUUAUGAGCCACUCGCCUACCACCACCAGCAGAACUCGAGUUCGAAAUCGUCGGCGAAGCCGGUGAUAAACGCCCCGGAAACGCCUCCUGGUUCAACGGACAAGCUGGCGGCCCGGCGAUCACGGCUUUCGCGACCUUUGUCCGUACACUCUGCCAACUCUGACAAUGGAGGCCAUCGACGAAACCUCUCUGCGUCACCGUAUUUGCACGCCCGGUCCCCGUCCGGGCACUCCAAUGCUUCCCCCGACAAUCGUUCCUCGUCUUUCCUCGACUUGCUUAACACAUCAUACCCCCAACCCGGUCCGACAGCAGCAACAUUUGACAACUCGCGUCUGCAAGCCUCCGUCGGCAACAAUGCGUCUCUCCUCAGUCAUAAAGAAACAUUCGAAAUGUACCUAGCAAAUGUCAAGAAAACAGACGAAGCAACAGUACUCUACGAAUUCGCCGUAUUCAUGAUAAAUUCGAUGCGGGAGAUGCCAUCGGUGGACCUCGAAGACGCAAGCCCGAUCACCAGAGCUCGGCUCCUUCGUGAAUCGAAAUCUAUCCUCCAACGCCUCGCAGACCGCAGCUACCCAUUCGCUCAGUACUACCUUGCCGACGGAUAUGCGUCCGGACUAUUCAGCAAAGGUCACGAAGACCACGACCGUGCAUUCCCGCUGUUCCUUGCCGCUAGUAAACACGGCCACGUCGAAGCUUGCUACCGGACAGCUUUGUGUUACGAGUUUGGCUGGGGCUCUCGCGUUGAUGGAAGCCGCGCGGUUCAAUUCUACCGCCAGGCGGCUUCAAAGAACCACCCAGGUGCCAUGAUGCGUAUGGCCAAGGCCUGUAUUGCUGGCGAUAUGGGACUCGGUAAGCGUUACCGCGAGGGUGUUAAGUGGAUGAAGCGUGCGACAGAAACUGCAGAUGCACAGUACAACUCUGGACCAUAUGAGCUUGGUGUUAUGCACGAGAGGGGUUUUGGAGAGGACGUCUUUCCGGAUGAAACUUACGCUGCACAACUAUUCACUAAAUCCGCAGAGCUGGGUCAUGUUGAGGCCUCCUACAGACUUGGCGAUGCUUACGAGCACGGACGAUUGAAUUGUCCGCGUGAUCCAGCCCUGAGUAUCCAUUUCUACACUACCGCCGCACAAAACGGCCAUCCGCUCGCUAUGAUGGCCCUUUGCGCCUGGUACCUAGUGGGAGCGGAGCCGGUUUUGGAAAAGGACGAGAACGAGGCCUAUGAGUGGGCGCUCCAGGCUGCCAAUCUUGGUCUCGCAAAGGCACAAUACGCAGUUGGCUACUUUACUGAAAUGGGCAUUGGGUGCCGCCGAGAUCCUUUGGAGUCAAAUGUUUGGUAUGUCAAGGCAGCAGACCAAGGCGAUGAGCGCGCCAAGCAUCGAAUCGCUACCAUCCGCGCAGCAGCUGAUGGGAAGCAUGUGAUGGCUACUCGCACUGGAGUUGCGAAAACCGGUGGUCGGCUGAGAAAAACCGAGCGUAAGGACCAACCGUCUAAUCCAGGUCAAGACGAAAAUGAGAAACCCAAACAGAAGCGAUUCGUCAUUUUCUGA